UCCCGCCCUGUGCGAGCAGACAUUGGCGGACGUUAGCAACACUCGGCUAAAGCGGGGAGUGACCGUGAUUGUGUCCAAAAUGUGUAAAGUGAGAAUUCUGAGAACGUUGGUGAAGCAGCGGCUCAACGUGGCCGUCGAAGAAAUAUUCGAACUGUUUGAGAGGACGAUAGCGGAGUACGAGGAGGAACUUAGUCGAAGCCAAGAGGAGAAAGAGCGACAACGCCAACUCCUGGACGCGCUUCUCAAUCCUCAUGUUCGACUGCAAAGAGCAGACAUGCAGCAAGUUUCGGCGGAGAGUCAAGAGAAGGUUCUGAGUGUGGAGUGGGAGGCGCCGGCAAAGUCCGCCCAAAUCAAAGAGGAAGAGGAGGACGCGCGGAGCAGUCGGGAUGAGCAGCAACUUCCGAGGGAGGAGGAAGAGGCGGAUGUCGGCAAGUUGACAGUUUCUGGCGUCCACGUCAAGAGGGAAGAGGACGAAGGGCAGCCGUCGCAGCUCCGUCGCAGUCCCGGCGAGGAGACGCGAGAAGCCGGCGGAAAGCAACGUUCAGCGGACAACAAGUCGGCAACGCUAUCGGACACGGCCGACAUGACGUCGCCGUUGUCCGACACCGAUCACAGCGACGACGCCAAGGGACCCCCGAGAGCCAACGGCGGCAAGAAACGCUUCGUCUGCUCCGAGUGCGGGAGAACGUUCGCCUACAAGAAAACGCUGAAAACGCACAUGAUCAUACACACGGGGGAGAAGGAUUUCGAGUGUUCGUUCUGCGCCAAAAGAUUCUUCAGGAAGUGCGACAUGAAGAUACACAUGGCCACGCACACGGACGAGAAACCUUUCAGCUGCGUCAUCUGCGCCAAAGGCUUCUCGCUGAGGAAGUACUUGAUGAUACACAUGAAAACGCACACCGCCGAGAAACCGUUCACCUGCUCCGUUUGCGCCGAAGUUUUCACCAGCACGCGAUGCCUCGUGCUGCACGCGACCCAACACGUGACGGCGGAGGGCGACGGAAACCGCUUCGGCCGCUCGGAGCGCGGCGAGGCGUCGGUCGGCGGGGCCGCUUUGGGCGGUCACGUGACGCCCCACGGCGGAGGGCGCCCCUUCACCUGCUCGGUUUGCCUGAAAGGUUUCGCCCGGGGAGACGAUUUGAAAGCGCACGUGGGCCAACACGGCGGGCAGAAGACGUUCAGCUGCCACGCGUGCGAUAAAAGAUUCACGCAUAGGAAGAACGUCAUGAUGCACAUGAGGACGCACACGGGGGAGAAGGCCACGGUUUGCGACGCGUGCGGUCAGAGAUUCUCGUAUAAGUACCAGCUGGACAAACACCGCUGCGUCGGGAUGGACGCCGCAGCCGCGUCGCCGCAUUCUGAAGCGACGGUCAAACGAGGUGACGAGUUGAGGUGAGGGCGACGUAACGUCGGAAUCCUCGCACCCCCGGGGGUCGCCGCUUUUCGGGAAAUCGAAUCAAAAGGGAAUUACCAAACGCCGCGUCGUUUGCGUUUACGGGGCUCGUGCACCUACGUCACUGGCCGGAAGCGCCGGUCAAACAAAGCGUUCGUCAAUGCUAAGUCGGUUGGAGACGACGCGAAAAUACGUCUUCUAGCACGACGCCCAGAGUUUUGUCCGAUACCGUUUAACGUUUAGAAGGUGAUAAUAAACGAAAGUACGUGGAAAAAUGAGACGCUAGGACCCAUAUUUAAUGCCAAAGUCGAUGUUUUCGCCGAUAAGAAAUUGGACCGUUAACCCGCUUCCGGUUGUCUGGAUCUACACGUGGAUCUGGUGAGUAAAUCGUCGAGAUUUAAACGGAAGAGUUUGAAAGCGUAGAAAAGUCUGGAGGCAUACAAAUAUGAAUUGGUUGCUGGAUCUGUUCUCAACGGGCAGACGGCUCGUGAACGAGGAAGCGUGUUCGGCUACACGUUAACCUUCAAAAUCCAUCAAUCUUACCAGCUCGUGUUCAAUACAAAUACCAAUAUUUAAAUAAAUGACCUCUGGUUUUACUCAAAUUCAUUAACUAUGAUUGGAAAAAAAAAAAGGAUGGAGUCGUCUCCACGAUCGUACACGGAAGCGAGUUGCGGCCACACGUUAAACUUCAGUAAACUUCUCCCUGGCAGACGUUUUUUUUUUUUUUUUAAAUAUGCAUUGUUCUCAAAUGAGCCCAAUGCCUAUUUAUAAAAAAAGAAAAUAAACCACUGGGAUAGGCUUCAGCCCGCGUACACGGAAGCGUGUUUUGGCCACAUGUUGAACCUUGGUAAACCUCUGUGUGACUGACGGUUUAUUUCCUUUUUUAAAAUACGCAAUAGACUCAUUUGAGAACAAUGGAUAUUCGAAAAAAGGAAAGGGGUUUACCGAAGAUUAACGUGUGGCCGCAACACGCUUCCGUGUACGUUGGAGACGACUCCCUGUCUUUUUUUUUUUUUUUUAACGCAUAGUUCUCAAAUGAGCCAAUUUAGCAUUAUAAAUACUUGUUUGGAAUUUGAGAUUGACAAGAAUAAUUCCUACCUGAAGUGAAGCGAUCGCUACACAGGCGUGUGUGUAUUUUGGCUGGGCACCAUCCAUCACGUGUAAUUGCCAAAAUCCAUCAAUAUUUUUUGGUCUUUUCAGCUGGUAUUCCGUAGAAUAUCUAAUAUUUGACUAUCUCUCUCGUCUGUUGUAACAACCAACAGCACGACAAGUCUCGGGCAUUGUGAAUAUUCUGCUCCGGUUUCAAGCCCCCCCAACCCCCCCCCCCCCCACACUGUCGAGCGGCUCUUUCUGACCUGCAAUAUGGCGCCGUGAAAACGGUGACGUCACGUGCACGAGCUCUUAUAUUUCCGGCGUGUACCGGCGGCCGCUGCCAACAUCAACCCAACUACACCACAGAAUCUUCUCCAGUCGCCAAUUUAACGGUGAAUAAAUGUUGAUUUAUUACGUUUUCUUGAUUAAAACGGUGGGGCACGUUGCCUUUAGUACUUCUCAAAAAGCAAACGAGCCGAGGAUGAGCUAACGAAGCGGAAAUGUUAGCGUCAACGUCCGGCUGACGGCGACAGAACACCUUUCGGGUCAGUAUCGCUCUGAAGUGCCUUUGGUGCCUGCGUCGGAAUCGCUUCCACAUCGUGAAAAUGUAGCUGAAUAUUCAAAUAUUUUAUCAGAAUGGACCGAACACCGCACGCACGAGUACAAUGAGAAGUAUCGUAAAAGUCUUUUUCCUUGACUUUGUACCAAACCUUUUUUUUUUUUUUUUUUGUUCAGUGGAUUUAUGUGACGUUUUUACAACCGGUUAUUGGAUCAAAAGAGUCAUUUUAAUCAUUUAUAUCGCAAUGGUCUUUGAAACUUGCCGUCCGGCCUGUCGUUGCGGAGUACGAAACCUUUGGCUGUUUUCUGUGCGGUUCCGGGCGACAUUUUGUAUUUCUGCAAUGGAGGUUGAAACAACGGAUGGUGUAAUAAUACUUAUAUUUGGUAAUUGUCAUUAUAUCGUGUAUUGUUUUGAUGUUGUGGUUUACAUGUCCACUCUGUCAUGGUGAAAUAUCGAUUGCUGUAAAAAAAUAAUAAUAAUGUUUUCGAGAUUACAAAUAUACUUUUUCAAGCAGUCAGCUUCCAAAUUGAAUCUGGUGAAGGUCGACCGGGUGCUUCUUUAAUGCUUACGUCGGCCAAAAAUAUCGUUAAGAUCACAUUUUGUGCUAAUUUCAUAAAAAAGUGUCUUCUUGCAGUUAAUAAAAAUGAAAAAAAAAAUGGGGGUGCCACCAUUUUGCAAGAGCAUAAUGUUUAAAGAUAAUAUGAACUUGAAUGGAAAAUGUCGGGGGUUUUGUUGUUGUUGUUUUUUUUUUUUUGGGGGGGGGGUCUUAAAUUAAAGGCACCUUUAAGUGAUAUCGACUCACUCAGAACUCGUCGGGAAAAUGCGGCUUUCGGGUCCAAGGUGGACCAAAGUCCCACCGCGACGCGGACCACAACCCGGUGUGACGGUCUGAGCGCUCCCGGUGCUGAAAAGUCUCCUUGUGACAAACACAGCAAACGUACAUAUAUGAGGAUAACUUUUUUUUUUUUAAUCAACUUUUGUUUUAAGGUUAGCUUAUAACGUAUGUUAGCGCCCUCUAUGUAGAAGAAGGGGAACUACAAGACCGGAGGUUUUCCCAGUAAUCGUCAGCUGCGUUCGCAGAGUUCCCCUGUUCGUAACGCAUGCGCAUUCAUCACAAGGAGACUUUUCAGCACGGGGGAGCGCUCGGACCGGCUGCGGUGCGGCGCUCAGCGAAUCGUUUUUCACGCGUCGCCUAGUUUGGAAUUUUGAAUCGCGAGCGGGGCGGACCAGAACGUGUCCUCGUUCGACCGGAACCGCUAUUAAGUAUCUGAAGUCCGCUCGAUCACGGAGUUGAGGUUGUUGCGGGUGGAGCGCCGCGGCCAUCUUCGGUGAUCCCGUGGACGAUUCGGCGUGAAAAAAUAGGUGAGCUCGUCGGUUCGUCACUGUUUGCAGCUUUAAUCUGUAAUAUUUUUUUUUUUUUUUUUUUGUUGUACUUGGCCUUGCGUGAUUAUUGCCUGCCUUUUUUAUUUUUAUUAAAGGAGCCUUUUUGGCCGCUUUCAAGUGGCUCACCUUUUUGUGUACAAGUAUUUAAUUGCGUGCAUAUUUUUUAAAACUACAUAAGGUUAAAAUAACAUC